AUCCUUUAACCCAUUUCUUUACAGCGCAAUCAUGGAUCCAUUAUCGCUCGCUGCCAGUAUUGCUGGCCUGCUGAGUCUCGCGGGUGCUGUGGUAUCAGCCGGUUAUAAACUCAACUCGAAGCUAAAUGAGGAUACGAGCGACACAAAAACGCUAGUUAACGAGACAGCCAAUUUCUCGGGUAUUCUACUGGGCGUUAAGGCACAUCUCGAGUCCUUCCGCUCUUUCGAUGUCGAUUUGGAUGCUGUUUAUAACACCAUCGAAGACAGCAAGCUUACGCUAAAGCUUAUCGAUGAGUUAGUGGCUAAACUCUCGAGGUCAAAUCGCCUUGAGAUGUUGGUCAAAGCUGGUGGACGGGAGGAGCAGGCGGUGAAGUUGCUUCGGCGCAUCGAGCAGUACAAGAUUUUCUUUGUUCUGUGCUUCCAGCUCGAGCAAAGCUCUCAAUCUGAAACCCUCCAGGCCCAGAUGGAGGAGAUUAUGACUCAAUUGAACUCUUUGAUCGAAACACAGAAGGGGGUUGAGAAAUCUGUUGGCAAGUUGAUAGACGCUGGUCAAAUUCAACAACAAGAAAAGAUCAUCAAAUGGCUAGGAACACAAACAGAAGAUGAGCACUAUGAUCUAUGCAAGCAACGCGAUUCAUCCUCGGCUGAGUGGAUUUUAAAGAGGGAAGAAUUCAAUAAGUGGCUGUCUUGUCCAGGUUCAGCGUUAUUAUGCCUCAAUGGAACGCAGGGCUCGGGAAAGUCGGUUAUCAUAUCCAAGGUUAUCGAAUCGCUUCAGGAGUCUAUGAUUGAGCCUGGAAGUAAUGCUGUAGUUUACCAUUACUGCCGCUUCACUAACCCAUCUAGUCUCUCACCUACUAAUCUAGUCGGGUCACUCAUAGGCCAGCUUCUCAAACAAUCCUCCAACCCAAGCCUUCUCUUGGAAGUCGUAAACAAUGUCUAUGAAAAACAUCGCAGGAGAUCGGCUCACCCAAGUCUUCAAGACUUACAAGCUCUAUUCACUGAUCUCUCCAAAUACUUCGAGAGAGUUCUCCUUGUGAUUGAUGGCUUGGACGAAAUGAGUGGCCACUGGGAGAUCUUGGACUUUUUAGAGACUCUACCUGGGGCAGAUACCGAGUUCAAGGUUCUUAUAGCGAGUAGAUCCGGGAUGGGCCUCGACGAUGCUUUUUCACCUUGCUUCAAAAUAACAAUCUCAUCGAAAGACGUCGCACCCGACAUUGAAAGCUUGGUCCGCAAGAAGCUCAGCAAGCGUCGAUUCCGCGGAUCUGAAGUCGAGGCGGUCAUAAAAGAGCUGAUCAUCCGUGCUGAUGGGAUGUUUAUCUGGGUCAUUUGUCAAAUCGACCAUCUCUCCCGCAUUCGAACAGCCCUCAGUCCAAAGCUUGUGCAGGCACUACCUCGCAACCUCGAAAAGACAUUCGAGCAGGCAUUUCAAAUGCUCGAAGAUGAAGAAGAGAAAAUGCUUGCCAAGCGUAUCCUGCAAUUUGUCAUGUUCUCUAAUAGGCCCUUUGACUUAUCAGAAUUGGUCGAAGCAAUCGCCAUUACAUCAGACACAAAGACUCUCGACGAUGUGAGAUCAAACUCACUGCGUGAGAAAAGUUACGUUUUUGAGCUUUGCGGCAGCCUCAUCCGAGAGUCUCAGGCAACCUCAAAAAUUGAUCUGGCACACUACUCUGUCUAUCAGUUUCUACAAUCCCCUAGACUAGAGGGAAACAGGGACAAUGAUCUCUAUCUUGACAAGUCUGGUGGUAAUAUCGAGCUUCUCACAGCUUGCAUCCGGUAUCUGACCAUUGAAAACAUUUCAGCUGGUGGUAUUCCCGAAGAGGUAGAAGCCGCACUUGAGGAUGACGAUCUGUACAUCAGCCCCGAUGUGUUUACUAAUACACCAUUCCUCCAGCAUGCCGUGAGUAAUUGGCCAGCUUACGCUUCAAAUCUCUCAGAUGCUGAACUUAAAGAUGUUUGGACCUCUGUUCUACUUCCGUUCUUUGAGCCUAGUUCGAACUUCUUCAGAUUCUGGGCCCGCAAAGCACGUUAUCUUCAUGGGUUCUACAAGUAUCCUCCCGGGAUCACGCCACUUCACGUCGCAGCUGUCCAUGGACUGUCAGGCCUGGCAAGAAUUCUUCUGGAAGACACUCAUCUCAGCAAAGCAACCUGGCAGAUAUCGAAAGCUCCUGUGGGGAGCAGGACGCCACUGCAUAUGGCUAUUGAAAACGGUCAAAACUCAGUAAUCGAUCUACUUCUGGAUUUAGAUCUUACCGACUCAACAGACGAAAGAGGCAGAAGCCCUCUGCAUCUAGCUAUUGAGUGUGCAAACGAACAAGCUGUCGCCAAGCUUAUCUCAGCUGGUGCAAAUGUGAACCACUGCGAAAAAGACGGACGAACACCGCUUUUCAUCGCCAUCGAAAACAACUGGGACGGUCUCGCAGUACAACUCUCAGAGAUGGCGAGCCCCUAUACAGCCAUGCCAGACGGGCGUGGGCCACUCCACCUGGCAGCACAAACUGGAAGCACAACGUGGAUGAAGUGUCUACUGCUCGCAUUUACCCCAAGGGCUAUAAAUAAAGUUGACCAGCGUGGUUGGAGCCCGUUACUAUAUGCUGUUGAUAGGGGUCAUUUGGACGUUGUCAAAAUUCUAUUGUCAAAUCCGAACUGUAUAGAAAGUGGCGAUAUCAACGGAUGGACGCCUCUGCAUGCUGCUAUCAAGCAACAACAUUUGGACUGCGCCACAGAGUUACUAAUCUCCAAUGUUCCGAAAUUACCAUUUUCUAGACACGGACAGGAGACUGAAAGAAGAGCGGAAGAACAUGAAGUUGAGAUGACAGGGAAAUAUGGUGAGGCAUACAGAUCGAGACUCUCCGCUGCGAGAACUCGUAGAGGCCCAAGUGGACUCUCAGAAGAUUGGGCACCGGAAUCAUCGUCCGAAACCCAACCACCAACAGUCUCGCCUCCAUUACUUCUGGCAGUUUCGAGUAAUUACAAGCUUGGGGUUGAGUUACUCCUCCGUUAUGCCGAAACCUAUGGUCGAAAGGAAAUAGGCUUAUUACAGAAGGAUGGAGAGUGCCUCAAAGCAUCAAUGAUGCUAACUGAAGCGACCAUCUUCAAGAAGCUACUUCCAGUUUCGACACCACACAGCAUACUAGUUAUUCUACCUGACGCUAUCAAGAAGGGCGGAAUAUUCAUGGAUAUUUUGCAGCAAAGACUUGACAGUACCUUCGCACACAAGUGGCUUUUACCAGAGGCAUUGUCUGACGAAAGGCUAACGCCUGAAGUUGCACAUAUGGUACUAGAUACCUGGCCAGUUCAAACUACACCACUUCCGGAUAACAUCCUUCACCUCGCCGUGAAAGUCGGGAAUGACGAUGACUUACGCUUAAUGACGCGGCUCAUUGAUAAAGGAGCCAAUACCUCCUAUAUUACCAAAGAAGGACGUACCACAUUACAUGUGGCAAUUAAUUACUUGAACUGGACCGCUGCCUCCUUCCUGCUCAAAAGUCUUCCAUUUAGCGAAGAGAUAUUAUCCAGCGCUCUUCGCAGCCUCGUUGACCUUGCUCCAACACAAGGCAAUUAUAUUGAUCCCGAGAUUCUCUCAAUCCUGAAUCUGCUUCUCGAAAAGGGCGCUGAUCUCAAUAGUCAUAACGGAUUUAACCGCAGUGUUUGUCACAUAGCAGCUGGUAGAGACGACAGUACGUUCUUGAAAUGGUCGUUAGAGAACAACGCUCGGCUGGUAACUCCAACCUCAAGAAAAGAAACUCCUAUCACGGUGGCCUUGAGGUCUCGACGGUAUGAGAACCUGCAAUGCCUUCUCGAUAACAUUCUUCAGACUGCGCCAGAGACUCUGGUUGAGUUUCUAGCCACGCCCGGUAUGAGUUGUGGGACACCUCUCAUGGCAGCCAUUGAGCUCUCCGAUAUAACAAUCUUGACUAAGCUUGUGGAAGCUGACAAGGCUGGCGAGUUGCUGGUUAAAAAGGAUACUGAUGAACGUCGAAGCAAGCGGCUAAAAGCUUUUACCGAUGCUCUGUGCAAUGCUAUUCGGAAGCAAUCUGACCAAGCUGCCAUGUUAUUAAUCAAGUACAUGAGCAAUAUCUCAGGAAGAAGUUCAUCAGGGGAGACGCCUCUGCAUACAGCUGUAAAGGAAGAAGAUGAGAAGAUGGUAAAGAUUCUUCUCGAGCAUGGGGCACAGUUGAAUGUGCAGCAUCGCGACACCGGAGAGACACCAUAUGCAGUUGCAACAAUCGCCAAUCUGACAAGAAUAAAGGCUGUUUUGAGCGAAUAUAAAGUCGACUACCAGCCCCAAGAUAUCAUUGCAGCAGCCAAAGCUGGAGACGAGGCAUUGGUUGCAAAGGUCUUAAUUGCCUACCCCGACGACUUCGACAACCAAAGAAGAGCGCUAUUCACAGCACGAAAAUUACGACAGAAGAAGAUUGAGAAGAUCCUCCACGAAGCUUUGUCAACAAACACCGAAUCUUUUGUAGUGAGCGACAUAGCCAGGAAUGCAUACGGCGAUACAGUUCUACACCAAGCAGUUCGUGCAAUGAAUCCCGAGAAACUUAGGUCUUUGUGCAGUGGCGAGUAUAGAGCGCUACUGGAUGCUUACGACCUUGGUGGUGACUCUGCUUUGAUGCUUGCUAUCCGGAUGUGUCAUUGGAGCGGUGCUGAGGUCUUGGCUAUUGCAGGGGCGGAUAUAGAUGAAGCCCUCGAGAAAGCGAAUUCGGAGGGUUGUGAACUUUGGAUUGAUAAGCUGAGUGAGCUUAAGAAGCGUUAUGGAAGAGUAAGGCGUUUUGUAUAUUCUUCUGGGCAUGAUAGAGCUUAGAGAGUCGAAGGAUAUGUAUAUCCUUUGAUGGUGAUAAUAAUGGCAAGCCAAAGUACCAAGGCAAAAAAGCAAUAAUCCGGGAUAUUUCUGGUUCUAUAGUAUUGCAUCAUUAUUAGUUAAUCUCCGACUGAUGGAGUUCAAUAGUUGGAUGGUCCGGCGAAAAGUCGUCGCGAAUAUUGAUGACGUGGGCUCUCCCGUUCGACCCGUUAUUUAUAGUGUCUCAGCGUCAUGUAAUUGCAAAGACUGAUGGUCUUAUUUGCAGAAUAUUACGUGCUUAAUACGCUCUAUUAAAAUCUAUAUCUG